AUGGCUGACAAAACUUGCGACCAUGCGCGUAUUCUCGUGCAAGACCCUAAUACCCACGUUUGGAAGGGCCCUAUACCACCUGGAUCCGGGAUAGAAGAACUCAAGGAUAUUACCACUUGGCGAAGGAAAUGUGGAUGUAUUCGCACCAGUGAGAAGCUUAAGAACAUCUUAUCUUCAUUCCCUAAUGCACCACCACCCACGCCCUCACCUUUGUUUGUGGCGAACUGUUACAGCGGCCGUGUCGACAAAUCAUAUAUGCAGUCGAUAGAAAACUGUUGUACCUGGGGUGACAAACGGGUGAGCCGGUCGUGGCAGGUGAUCGGCGAGCUGGUACAACUGGUGCAGCUAUCGGUAACAGCGACGGCACUGGCUCUCUACUACCUCAUCUACUGCUACAUGCAGCUCGUGUACUACACGCUAAGGAGCGCCCUCUACUUCCACAACGCUGAUGGGGCUAUGAAAAUUACGAUUGGAGUGGUAACAGUGACGUCAUUGAUAGUCGGGUUCAACUUGAUGUUACGGAUGGAGAGAAUACUCGGAAUAAUAUACUAAACUACUAUUGUAUAUAGCAAUUAAUUCAUCACAAAUGUUAACUAAAUAUUGACUUAAUACAUAAAAGUAACGAAACAGAGUAAAGACAGUUGGUGAUAAAAAAAGAAGUGAAUAUUUAUUGAAACCGACGUUUAAAGUUAAAAAGUUUUGUACUAAACU